GGCUGAACGCACCGUUUCAGUGUCGAUGGUUUUGGGGCUUCAGUGGUGCACUUUGUUGGUGACGAACAACAAACGGAAGCAAAGUGUGCGUGUGAGGAUGUGUUUUUCUUUUCUUACUUGAACCCAGAAGUAGGAAGACGUUGAUCAUGAUGAUGUCUUUGAUCUGUUGCAUUCUCUGACACUCUGGCUCAGGAAUUCCCUCCCCCAUUCAUUUCAUGAGCAUGGACCCUCAAUUCCCUAAACCCCGAUCCUAUGCACCACCGAUAGAGAUGACGAUUCCCUCCUCCCAGCUUUCCGACAACGAUCGGAGCAGCUCCGAACUACGAGCUCUUGAUUGCAACCUCACUUCGCUCUGCGAUCAUAUCCAAAUGGAAGGCUUCAAUUCCUGCUCAUUCUCCGACGUCGUGCUCCAUGCGAUGGGUUCCACUUAUCACCUCCAUCGCCUUAUCCUUUCUCGGAGCUCUUACUUCAGAAAUAUGCUUCAUGGCCCAUGGAAAGAAGCCAGUGCUCCUAUUUUGACCCUGCAUGUUGAUGAUAAGAAUGUUAAUAAUGAGGCAAUGACAAUGGCUUUGGCAUAUCUCUACGGGCACCACCCUAAGCUUAGUGACAGUAAUGCAUUUCGCGUUCUUGCUGCUGCAUCCUUUCUUGACCUCCAGGACUUAUGUGCAAUAUGUACAGACUUCAUUAUAUCUGAGCUGUGGACUUCAAAUUUCUUGGCUUAUCAGGUAUUUGCUGAAAACCAAGAUUAUGGCAUUCAUGGGGAGCGUGUUAGAAAUGCUUGUUGGGGCUACCUCUGUCAAAGUGGUGGCAUGGAGUUGAACGAGGUGCUUCCAAAACUUUCUUCUCAAACACUACAUGCAUUACUGACCUCUGAUGAACUGUGGAUACCGAGUGAAGAGAAGCGGUUUGAAUUGGCAUUACACACAUUCGUGGCAAAAAAUGCCCACUGGAAAGCUGAGCAUCCUGAGCAAGGAAGUUCUGGUUCUGAGUCAGCUACUAAUACUCAUUCUGAUUCUGAUAAUAUUAAAGGAAAAAUUGGAGCUGAUAGCAGCACAAGUAAUAGGCUGGGAACUGAUCUAGGGCGUCUGAAUAUUAAAAGUGAUGUAAAGGACGCCAUUGCUCAUAAUCUGCAAGUUGAACUUGUGGACAGUGUGGCAUGCUUCAACAAUGAGGAUUCUGAUUCUAAUCAACUGGCACAAGCAACAUCAUUUGCUGGUUCAUCAAAUUUGGAACCUAGAUAUGCUUGCAACAUGGAAGGGCCUUCGUCAAUCAGUAAUUUUUUGUCAGAAAAAGAUGGGAUUAGAGCAUCAUGUUCUUACAUUGAGAUGCCUCUUGGUGCUGGAGCAACUGGGGUGGCUAUUGAAGGGCCAUCUGAGGAAGGGUCAAAUUCUUUCUGCAAUGGCCUCUCAUCCAGUGAUUGGGAAAGAUACAGUGUGCCUCUUUUUCCAUGGGGUGGCCGGGUAGUUGGUGGAAGACGACUUAAAGCUCACUCCAAAGGGAAGUAUGGAGUUCAUGGGGAUGAACAUGAAGCAUUUGUAAAUAUAUUUGAAGGGGGUUCUCUUUUAUAUUGCAAUAUGUCUUUUGAGGCGCUUCUGAAUGUCAGAAAGCAACUUGAAGAAUUAGGUUUCCCUUGCAAAGCUGUAAAUGAUGGCCUUUGGCUGCAGAUGCUUCUUAGUCAGAGGGUGCAAGAAAUUGCUGCUGAUACAUGCAAAGCUUGUUGCCUUGUGAGUGCAGCAUGCACUUGCCGGCAGCCAUUUGCAUUUUCUCAGGGAGUUAGCACUCCUAGUUACUACAUGCAAGAACAUAACCAGAAUAACAAUUCUGGGAGCUUGGGGAACAUAUAUGUUGCUGAGUCUUCCCAAAGUGAAGGAAGUGGCGUAUUUAGACCUGUAAGAGUGCAUGUUAGAGGUGCUAUUGAUGGGCUUGCAGGUAUUGGUCGGGGAACUACAUUUGUGCCAACAUCUGCUUCACCACCUACACGUUUUGUCUUUUCUCGUGUGCCAUUUGGUGUUGGCAACAGAAACUACCCACAAUCCGCAGCUAAUGAUGAUUCAGAGACACAAGCUGACCACAAUGGAGACAUGUCUGGAGAUGGGUUGACAGCUUUGGUUGGGCUAAGCCAGGGAGGGAGUAGUGGAACCAAUGCACAUGGAGAGAUGACACAAAGGGGAUACGAGACUGGUAUGCGAAGCAGAAUCUCUGGAACUGCUGCUGGAGGCCCAAGUACUGGUGGUAUUCCCAUGCAAAUGUUAGAGGCACCGGAACAUGCCAUGGGAAUAGAAUGGGAGAACGCUAGUAGUUCUUCUAUUUCAUUGGAUUUGAAAACACCUUUAAGCCAUUUCCCCCCUUUUCGUUUUGGAGUACAAUUUGAGGAUGUGCACAGGCUUGGUGAUGGUCAGGUGAAGCAUUCUCCGGAAGUGUUCUAUGCUGGUUCUUUGUGGAAGGUCAGUGUACAGGCUUUUAAUGAUGAAGACCCCCAGGGACGGAGAACUCUCGGGCUGUUUCUUCACCGUCGGAAAGCAGAAAUUGCUGAUUUACAUAGAAAGGUGCACAUGUACGUGGAUUCUCGAGAAAAGGUGACUGCUCGCUAUCAGUUGAUUUGCCCAUCAAAAAGGGAAGUGAUGGUGUUCGGAAGCUUUAAACAGACAGGCACUCUUCUACCUAAAGCUCCUAAAGGAUGGGGUUGGCGAACUGCUCUGCUGUUUGACGAGCUCGCCGAUCUUCUCCAAAAUGGGGCCCUUCGAAUAAUUGCUGUCGUGCAGCUCGUUUAAAUUAAGGGAGCGGAGUUUCCUGCCUCGUAUUAAACCAUCAAUGCUUUUUUGUGAUUCUGUGAGCGUCAAAUAGCUAAAUUCUCUUACCUUUCCAGAAAAAUAGUUUUCACUUCUUUGUCGAAAAUCAUAUAGGAGGAGAGGAACCAGAAUCAAGUAGCGCAUGCAUCUUUAUGAAUACUUUGCCAAGACGCAUGAACACCACACAGCACUUGCGGAAAUAUAAGUUGUAUAAAUGUCGCCUGAUGUGUUGAUAAUAAAUGUAGUCGUUAUCUCGAGUGUUUGUUGUAGCUUAUAAAUGACGAGAUGUCAUUACAUCA